GUUCUCUAUACUUGUUUCUUUUCUUCCAAAUUUGUUGGUUGAGUUAUCGAUAUAUAUGUGUAUCUGGACCUCUUAGAGUAGUCGGUUUAAUGAAUGCGUUUCGCUAUUGCGUGUUAUGUGACGGUUGAAAUUAGAGAAAUCAAUUGGUAAUUUCUGGUUUUGAUGUUUGGGUAGCGAUGCGAUCUGGCUUUUAACGAUGAGAUGUAGGAAUUAAUCGAUGCCAGUUUUUAGGCUGUCGAUUUUGUAUUUUGGAUUUUGGAGUGUUAUAUCGCAACAUCAAACGGAAUCGUUUGCGUUCUGUUUUCUCAGUUCUAGUUCGAACUUGUUUUUUAUAUUCUCAUAUUUUAUUUCUUCUAAUUGAAGAUGUAGAAAUAUUAAGUCCAUGUGUUCUAGAAUUUCUUUUUCGAGGAGCCAUUCUUGGUGAUUAUUAGUUCACAAGAAUCUUGUAGUUUUGUGCCUUAAACUUGUUUUCGAUGAGUCAUUCUAGCCGAUUUCAUGUUGAGGUUAACAUAAACGGCUACAAGGGGGCUCUCUCUCUUGUUGUGAUUCAGAGUUUCUUCAAGAUUAACACACGAGGAAGAGUUAAUGAAGGUGGAAGUGGAUGAUUAUAAAUAAUUUCUCGAGGUUUUGAGAAACAGUCGUGGUUGAACCUUUCUUGCCCUCAUCGAAAAUUAGAGAUGACCACCAGACACGGACUAUAGACAAAUAGGCCAUUUUAGGAUUUGAUGGGACAAUCGUAGGUCAUUUAUCCUUGGGAAAUGCUUACAAAACAACUGGAAACUUGAAUGAACGUGGUUCCAUAUUAUGGGGGUGGAUGUAAAGGUUAGUUUGGUUAGGCACAUUGCACAUUGAUGUCAUUAUACACAAAUCAUGAUCUUGAAAGGAAAAAUAAUUUUACUUAGUCCUGGAAAGCUAGUUAUCCAUGAAAAGUCACUAAAGGAAAACAAGGGGGAAAACUUUUUUUUUUUUAAUUAUAAAAAGGCAACUAUCCUACCUUACUUUUACUGAGCCCUCUCUUUCACCUCUGGAUUCCCAAGAUUUCUUCUAAAAUUUGAAUUUCAGCUACUAUUUAAGCCCAACUAGCAUUGAUCUACCAUAGGAUCUUUGGACUUCGGCAUGCUAAAGAUACUAGGGAAGGAAGGACAUAAAGGUUCAAUGUUCAGGCAAUGAUCCUUCCAAAACAGGGUUUUAUUACCUUUGCCCUCCUUUGUCUUAUACUACUUAUUAAAAAAAUUGAAUGCACUCCGAAAUAUGGAACUAAGAGCCCUUAAAAUGAUUGUGCUUUCAAUUUCUCUUGCCACUUGUUUUUGGAAGCUAUCAUCUCUAUAGCGGAUUGAUUUGGAAAAAAAAAAUAAAAAUAAAUGUAGACAUUUAAUCUUGUCGAAAAUCACGCGAUUUUUGGCGAGGUAUUUAUUCCCAUUUAGGAGCGUACAAGUAUCGUGGUUUUAUUGUGUAAAUCUCUUGUGGACAAACGACGACGAAAUUGCACGAAGUUGGCACCGGAAAUCCUGUCGGUAACGAAUGGGAAAGAAACGAGGGUUUUUGACUGCACUUUCGGACGGAGAAGAUGAAGAGUUGGGUCAGUCAUUCAGACCCUAGCCGUUUCGAUUUAGCCCACAAGUUCUAAGCCCAGGCGAACUAGCAGCCCACGUCGUUUUAGCCUUCAACCCAGUGGCCCAAUAGUCGUGACCCAUACCCAUCGUGCGUCUAAGUUGCAAGUUUGUUUACGUUGUCCAGCCCAAAGGAGGUCUAGUCCAUUCAGUUUCGGCCCAACCUGACAGCUCGUGUUUUCCUUCAACGCCGCACGUGAUCAGCUCUCAACCACGACUCCUUUCAAUGCAUCCUUGGCUUGGCUUCAACGCAUCCUUGGCUUGGCUUUAUCGUUUUGCUCCUCUCAGCUUUAUCGUUUUGCUCUGCUCAGUUUCUCGGCUUAGACGACUCGGUAUACUAUAAUAUAUCGAUUUCUAGGUUUUCGAUCAUUAUGAAUCCAUUUUUGACCUUAUCUAAGUCAUUUGAGGUUAGUAAGAUUUUUUCUUUACAAGUUUAAUUAGCUUAGGAGCUUAUAUUGGAAUUAAUCAUGAUGUGGAGCUAAGUUAAGUUAUUAGUAGGCCCUAAGCAUGUUAUAUGAAUUUUCAUAGGUAGGAGUUAGGUGUUAGAUUGUAGUUUCGAGACGACUACCAAAUUGUUAGUGUCUUCAGCCAAGGCCAACCAAGUAAGUGACCUUACUAUUGGAGUUAGCCUAUUGUUUGAUGUAUGAUUGCAUGUACCAUAUUAUAUGUGUUAUGCUUAUGUUAUGUGAUGUUUAUGUGAUCUUUGUAUUAAUAUGAGACGUAUGUCACGUAUGCAUGUAAACCCAUAACACUACUUCUAUGAAUGAAUUGAAACGCUAUGAAAGAAAUGUUAUGUUUUACAUUUAAAGUUUUGUGAUGGAACAUGAGAUGUUUGUCAUGCAUACUUGUAUUAUGUCAUGAAAGAAAAGAGAAAGGAAAUGAAAUGUAUGUUAUGUCAUGAAUGUAAAUCACAGGACCUCAUGCAUGUUUGUAUGUCAUAUGCAUUGGGAUACUUUCCCAUUAUGUUAUGUUAGUAUGGAUGCGUACGUUUGAUAUUUAUGUAUGCCAUGAUAUCAUGCGGACCUUUUCUUUUUGUGGCAUCUGGUGGCGUAGACCAAGUUGAGCCCAGGGGUACGUAUACGAGCCCGCUUGGGGGCCCAUGUGUGCAUACGUGGGCCGUGUGGGGAAAAGUAACAUACAUCCAACCCUGCCCAAAUUUCAUGUUUUGAAUUGGUUAGAGUAUGCCACCUAGAACACGAGGUGGAGAAAUUUGGGGACGACCCCCACCUAGGGGUAGAAGGAGUGUUAGAAGAGGUCGAGGUUCGAAACGGGAUAAUUCUGUAAACCAGCCCGAUGUAACUGUGCCACUCCUACCACCAGCGAUACCUCUGGCCGCACCAAACCCUACUGCUGCUCUAAUAGAAGCAUUGCAAGCUGUUGUGCAAAUUAUGAUGACUACUCAACGUGCAAAUGCUUCAUCAUCAACUAGACAAGCAAAGUGUUUGCGAGAUUUCAAGAGGGUUGACCCUCAAACCUUUAAUGGGUCUUCAGAUGAUCCAACUGAGACACAAUUAUGGUUGAGAUCUAUAGAGACCAUGUUUGAGUUGAUCAAUUGCCCUGAUGAUCAGAAGGUGCGAUGUGCAACAUUCAUGUUGCGUGAUGAUGCAGAGUUAUGGUGGCAAUCCACCAGCGAGAUUAUUAGUCCUGAGGGAUGUGUAAUCUCGUGGGCGGAAUUCAAGGAUGCCUUUAUGGAAGAGUACUACUCUGAGGACAUUCAACUUCGUAUGCAGCAAAAGUUCACUCAACUGUGUCAAAGGGGGCGUUCUGUUACCACAUAUGCUAGGGAGUUCAUCAGAAUGAAACAUUUUGCCCCGGAGUUGGUGAACACGGACUACAGAACAACAUGGUGGUUCGUACGUGGGUUGGACAAGAGGAUCCGCCAUAUUGUUGAGGCGAUAUCACCUGCUACCUAUGCUGUUGCCUUGAGAGCAGCUAAGGCCAUGGAGGGAGUUGAAGAAUCUCCUGAACCCCCUCCACCGAUAGUGAAACGAAAGCGACGUCAUGACCAAGUUGACCGUCAUGACCAAGUUGACCGUCAUGACCAAGUUGACCGUCAUGAUCCAUUGCCAUCAAAGCCACAACGACGACCUGACAGACAGUACCGUUAUACCAGGCGUGGUCAGCAAAGAAAUGGAAGCCGACCAGAUAAUAGACCUCAGUGUAAUGAAUGUGGGAAAAAUCACUGGGGUCGAUGUUUGGCCCAUACCAGAGCCUGUUUUCAAUGUGGAAAGGAGGGUCACAUAGCUAAAGAUUGCCAAGGAGGUUGCGCGAAUGAUUCUGGAAACCAACAGAGGAGACUAAGCAUAGCAGAUCGUCCUACUCAGAACUAUCCUUCGACAAGAGCUUAUGCCUUUACUGGCAAGGAUAUUGGGAAUUCUGAUGCGGCGGUGACAGACCUUAAGAGUGAAGUGCUUUGACAAGUGCAUUACAAAGCCAGGGUCAAGCCUAAGUGGGAGCGAGAGUAGUUGCAUCUCCAGGUGCAUGGAACGCUAUAUUGAGGCCACCGGCAUCGUCAGUAGAGCCCUGUUUAAGACACCACACUGAAAAGAAAAGGUUUUGCUGAAACAUUAUGAGGUCCAUGUUUGAUAAUUCCCCGUUCGAUAUUUGUUAUUUAGUUCUUUAAUCUCAUGGAUAUUUGUUAUUUAGUUCUUUAAUCUCAUGGGUCUUUAUUACGGAUCCACUUGAACACUCUAAUAUCUUCUAAGACACGAUCAACAUCGAAGUCGAUCAUUACUAUCGUUGAAAUGUUUUUGUCAUUCUCC